AUGCACUUGCGAGGCAAGAAGCACUUGAGCAAGUCUAGAUGGUACAAGACUAGUACACUCCUCCAUCAUAAUGGGCAGGGAGUAGGUGGUGAUGGCCAGGUAUCAGCAACAACAGCACCUGCUGCUGCAGCGACCGCGAAUGAUGAUACCAUAGGGAUGGUUAUCUUCGAGGACCAUACAAUAUGGCAGGAAACUAACACAGGGUGGCUGUGUAAGCUGUGUGAUGCUACUGUUAACAGUGACUCAAUGGCUAUGGCCCAUAUGUCUAGCAGAAAGCAUCAGAGCAAUAUGGCAUGGGCCUCCAAUACAACAGCAUUACCAUCCGUUGAUGGGGGCGGUAUGAAUAACCAAUGGUACGCGGCUGGCUAUAACGAGGGUGUCGAGUUCCAGAAUGAAUGUACCUAUCAGUUUUAUGGCAACAGGGACAUGCCAAUAAGUUUUGGACAUGUUGACAAUACUGGACCCAUGGGCCACGCGCCAGCUCACAAUAAUUGGGAGGAUUCUCGAUGCAAGCUCUGCCAAACUGGAGAUAUCUGUGGAUGGGCAGCAUGGUCCGGACAUUUCAACGGUAAAGCUCACAAGAAGAACGUGCGAAUGAAUAAAUACGAGUACGUGGCUGUCUGGCAGAAGCUAAGUGCUGAAGGGUUUGAGUAUUACUACGAUCACCUUACAGGGUUGUGGGAUUCGCAUAAUCCAGUGGAAGAUGAGAUAGGAUACUUCCCUGAUGACGGCAUCAUCUAUGUUCGUGACCCGUCAUCUUUUGAAGAAUGA